AACUAUUAUUAUUAAAUUAUCUACUGAAAACAAGACCACUAAACAUAAUCUGCAAAAUUGUAUGUUCUGGUGCAAUAAUACGUCACAGCUAAGGUGAUGGCAGUUGUGUGUGUGUGUGCGUGUGUGUGUGCAUGCGUGUGUGGGUGUGUUCGAGUAUGCAUGUACGUACCAGUGUUCACUGCACACGAUGACUCAGCUGAAUUUCCACUGAGGUAAGCUGUCACUCUCUAAUGAACAGUAAACUCACAGAAGCACACACAUGCGCAAAUGCGUACAGUCAAUCAAGUGUGCACGAGAGUAUCUUGCAGCUAAGGCCACGCAGAUAUUCAAUUAUCUGUGCAUCAAUAAAGUACAGCAGAGGUCAUCUCUCCGGCUCUCUGUUAUGAUCUGCCGGAGCUACGCACACUUGAACAUACACACUUAUGCGCACACACCUUUCAGUUUGGCCUUGUCCUUGUACAAACAGCCCUUCUAUAGUGAGAGGCUCCAAUGGAGUGGAUCAAGUCCAGCAAAGACACCCUCACACGCUUCCUCCCUCCCUUUCUCUAAAUCCUCCCUCCUGUGUGACCGCAGGGCCUUUCUUCCUUCCUUCCUUCCUUCCUUCCUUCCUCCUGACACAGAGGCCUUGCCGAGUCGCAGGGGAGUCAGCAUGGCCGGAUGUGCCUCAAUCAGACAGACGGACUGACAACAAGCAGACACGCAGACAUGAGGAUACAGCUACUGUGGACUUUGGACUGGGAUUUCUUCCCAUCCAGAGCUCCGAAGAGGAUGACAUCACUUCUGUUUUGGUUCGGACAACGGGAAGGUAGAGGAAGAUGGACGCAGAGCUGCGGGCUGUGUGGUUGAGAGCACGAAGAAGUAUGCGGACACGAGAGGACGCAUGAGUGGUGAUCAGCGAAGAGGCCAGAGAUGACCUUGGGAAGUUUUGUUUUUCUUUUUUUCCUCAAUGCUUUCCUCUCCCCCUCUCUCCUGCUACUCCUGAAUUGAUGGAGCAAUGAAGACUAACUACAUUCAAAAUAUUACACAAUUAGGGCCACAGGAAUUCUUCUAAAUCAGUCAGCGUUAGAUGCUUGGGCUGGUUGGAAUUGCAGGUACACGAUCUGGAAAAAAAGGUGCGAGGACAGAUUACCCCUAAAGGAAGUGAAAAUAUGGAGUUUACAGCUAUAACAGAUUUCCGACAAGAUUUUUGAAUGUGUCUGUUGGACGCGGUCACAAUCGCUGUUCUAUAUUAAUCCCAAAUACCUUUGAUUGGGUCGAUGUCUCCGCUUUCCAAGUUCUUCCACACAAAUAAUCAUCCAACCGUGCCUUUGUGGACCUUGCUUUUUGCACUGAGAACAGAAACGGGCCUUUCACAAACUGGGCCCACAAAAUUGGAAGCAUAGAUGCAUUCUUGAUGAGUGCCUUUGAUUCAAGGGACCUAAUACUUCAAGACGAACAGAUUUACUAAUUCAUUGAACAAGAGCUGUGUCAGUAGACUUUUGUUAAGAUACAUCCAUGGAUUUUCUAUCGCGCUUGUCCUACCUGAUGAUUUAAGUGAGUUGGAGCCUAUCCAGGUUGUCUUCCGGAAAAAGGCGGACUUUACCUACUGGACUGGUCGACAGUCUAUCGCAGGGCACAUGACAACAAACACCUCUUAGCAAUUCCAAUUCCAUUCUGAGACUUUCAUUUUCCAUGCUUUGCAAACUUUCAAAUUUGAGAAAUGUUUGAACAUUUCGUAAACUCUUUGGCCAAUAAAUCCGAUUUUUUUGUAUUUGUUUUACCUCAAUUUUACAUACAUACAUUUUCCGAACCACAUAUCCUGUGGCGCCUAUCUCAGAUGACUUCGGGCAAAAGACAGGGUACACCCUGAACUGGUCGCCAACCAAUCACAGGGCACAUAUAGACAGAGAACCAUUCACACUCACAUUCACACCUACGGACAAUUUAGAUUCUUCAAGUAACCUCGCAUGCAUGUUUUUAGAAUGUUGGGGAAAAGCCAGAGUUCCAGGAGAAAACCCACGCUAGCUGGGGGAGAAUACACCAACUCCACACGGGAGGGCAUGAGCUCAGACUUGAACCAAGGUCUGGCUGGAACCGCGUCACGGAGAGUAACCAAUUUUGAACAACAAAGUAACAGGCCAGAAGACUUAAAGACUGUUUUGCCACCACAGACUGGACCAUGUUCAAACAGGCUGCCACCUACAACUCCAUCACAAACCUUCAGGAGUACACAAAGACUGUUACUGCCUACAUCAGCAAGUCCAUCACUGUCUGCCAAUCAGAAGCCGUGGCCGGGGGAGGUCUACAGACUACUGAAGGUCCGCGAGCGGCUUAUAGUUCUGGGGAUGAGGAGGGCCUGAGGACAGCCAGGGCCAAUCUGUCAUGUGGCAUCAGGGAGGCCAAGAGGGAGUACUCCAGGAAGAUCGCCCACCGCUUCAGCAGUGACACCAGGAGUCUGUGGCGAGGUAUUCAGACCAUUAUGGACUAUAAACCCUCACGACAGAACUGCGAAAGCUCCACCUCCCUGCUAAAUGAGCUGCAUGACUUCUUUGCUCGCUUUGAGGCACACAAAAGCACCCCUGCACACAAGACUCCACCCCCUCCUGUUGACCAAGUGCUCACACUGACCCGGGACAGUGUGAAAAGAUCUCUCGAUUGGAUCAACACACAAAAAGCCCCGGGUCCAGACAACAUACCUGGUCGUGGACUGUGGGACUGUGCAGCUGAACUCACAGAUGUCUUCACGGACAUCUUCAACACCUCCUUGAGUCAGGGUGUUGUCCCCAUGUGCUUCAAAGCCACCACCAUCAUCCCGGUCCCGAAGAAGUCGUCUCCCUCCUGCCUCGAUGACUACCGUCCGGUAGCGCUCACUCCCAUCCUGAUGAAGUGCUUCGCGCGGCUAGUCCUCCCUCCCCUCCUCCUUGGACCCCUUCCAGUUUGCAUAUCGGUCCAACCAGUCAACCGAUGACACCGUCUCCACCGCCCUCCACUCUGCCCUCACACACCUGGACUCUAAGGACUCAUAUGUCAGAAUGCUGUUCAUAGACUUCAGCUCAGCAUUCAAUACCAUCCAUCCAUUUUCUGAGCCGCUUCUCCUCACUAGGGUCGCGGGCGUGCUGGAGCCUAUCCCAGAUGUCAUCGGGCAGGAGGCGGGGUACACCCUGAACUGGUUGCCAGCCAAUCGCAGGGCACAUAGAAACAAACAACCAUCCACACUCACAUUCACACCUACGGGCAAUUUACAGUCUCCAAUUAAUGCAUGUUUUUGGGAUGUGGGAGGAAACCGGAGUGCCUGGAGAAAACCCACGCAGGCACGAGGAGAACAUGCAAACUCCACACAGGCGGGGCCAGGAAUUGAACUCGGGUCCUCAGAACUGUGAGGCUGACGCUCUAACCAGUAAUCCACCGUGCUGCCAUUCAAUACCAUCAUCCCUAAACAACUGAUCUACAAACUGGACCAGCUGGGGCUCAACACUUCGAUGUGCAACUGGCUGCUGGACUUUCUGACAGGGAGACCGCAGGCAGUACGGGUACAGCAACACAUGCAGCACCAUCACUCUGAACACGGGGCCCCUCAAGGUUGUGUGUUGAGCCCCCUCCUCUUCACCCUGCUGACCUAUGACUGCACACCGACAGCUCCAACCUCUUCAUCAAGUUUGCAGACGACACAACUGUGGUGGGUCUCAUCAGCAAUGGGGACGAGACAGACUACAGGAGUGAGAUGAGCCGCCUGGCCAGUUGGUGCAUGGACAACAAUCUUGAAUGUGGAAAAAAACAAUGAGAUUGUUGUGGACUCCAGGAGAGCGCAUCCUGCCGCAAAACUCUCCAUCGCGUAGUGGGGGCAGCUGAAAAGAUCAUCGGAACCUCUCUUCCGUCCCUACAGCACCCGCCUCACCAGCAAAGCCCUCCGCAUAGCAGGGGAUGGCACCCAUCCGUCACAAAGCUUCUUCAGUCUGCUGCCACCAGGCAGAAGACUGUUCAGUUUGCGGGCCAGGACUAGUCGACUAGAAGACAGUUCUGUCAGGAAUCUGAACACCUGAACUCUGAACUCUGACACCCCGCAAACAUGUAGAUCCACACACACUCACACACACACAAUACACACACACGCACACACUGACACCAGACUCGGGGUCCCACUAGGCACCUUAGCAGCAUUGGGGUUUCGUCAUCUAAUUUAUAAAUGUCUCAUUUGCCUUAGUUCUCUGACCUUGACUCUGACCUUUGAUAUUUGCACAUACAAGUAAUACUUCUUAUACUGUCUAUAGUUUAUUUAGCUUUUAUAUUGACGUUCUGCGAUUGGCUGGCGACCAGUUCAGGGUGUACCCCGCCUCUCGCCCGACAAUAGCUGGGAUGGGCUCCAGCACGCCCGCCACCCUAUUGAGGAUAAGCGGAACGGAAGAUGAAUGAAUAAAUAUAUUGAUGUUAUUAUUUGUCUUUUGCAGCACCGCGAGCCCUUGAGUUCCGUAAUUUCAACCCUCUGUAUGUGUUAUGCAUAUUGAAGAAUUGACAGCACAAGUACCUUGUAACCUUAUUACGUGUUCAGUGAUAUCAAUUUAAAAUAAUGCACACAUCCACACAGGACGCCGCGUCUGAACCUGAAAUGAAUUAGUACGUCACUGCACACAUCACUCCGGAACGUGGGCAGGUUAAAAGCAUAGUAUUUUUGUUAAUAAAUAUUUAUGAUAUAAGAUAAGAUACCCUUUAUGAGUCUCACAGUGGGGACAUUUGCAUUGUUUCGGCAGCAGCUAUAUAUCGGAAAUGUAAAUAUGUAAAAUAAAUAGCAUGCAAGAGAAAACAUAUUUAUGUUUCUUCUUCUUACAUGUACUUCUAGAAGUACAUUGCACAAGAUAGAGACCAAAACUAUUGUCCAUACAGAAACUAUCCGAUUCAGUCUAUCAGCAAUGUUAUUUGUUUGUUUGCAAAAUAGAGUGCUGAGUUUUCAUUUUGACGUUUGAGAUCUGAUUCAUCUGCUUUUAUUGAUUUUUUGAUUUGUUUAUUUUGUUACCAGGGUUGAAAACAGAAUUGGCAAAGGUGGAUAAAUCCAUAAAUGCAAAAUCUCAAAGUCUCACAUACUGGUACUUUGACUCGGGCUGCAACUGCGUCCACCAUUACAAAGUUGAUGUAAUAAAAACUUUAAAAUGCCAAAUUCUGAACGAUUACGAUUAUGCCUGUUGCAUGGACAUGUUCUUGACACAAUUUUGAAAAGAUGGAAAUUCAGACAAAUUUGGACAAAUUGUUCUGGAAGUGAAUUUUUAUUGGUUGGCAGCUCUGUAAUGGGUUUAUUUUAGUCUUGCAAAUUUUGUAUUUGGGCUUGAAUAAAGGCUUGUUUACUGUUUCAAGGUGUUAAUGUCAACAGUACAUUGCAUUAGCAUAUUACUGGCAUGUAUGUCACCACUUCUAAAUACACAUUCAAAAUCUAAUUAGUGAGCCCUGUCACCUUGAAUUAGCAUAUCAUUAAAUGAGGUCCACUAGAGCACAAUUGCUCAACGGAGGUGGAUGUCUUGCUGUUUGGAGCUGAAGCUUGUGUGCACGCUGUGGUCGUGUUCUCUCACCUUUGGACGGUCUCGUACAUGUCCAUACUGACAUUGUUUAUUCAGCUUUUGGAUUACAGUCGUGGGAACUGUGCGGGAGACGGUGAGGUCUUGGUGGUAUCAGCUGGCUGCGCGCAGUUGACCACACAACGCACCCUCAUCGGCACACACACAUUGCGCCGAGGAAUGCUGCGCACAAUCGACCUUAUCAGGUGUUUUGUCUGAGGGACAUCCGAAGAGGGCUUGGUGUUCCAACUAAUAGACAAUGUGGAAAUACAUACCUCUUUUUUUUCACUACUCAUCCCUGUCUCAUCCUGUAUGUAUCCCCUCCCUCUCCUCUUCUUUGCAGCAUGUCAAAUGUUUUGGGGCAUCCCUGCUUAACUUACCUGACUGGUAGAAUGUCUCCGGUUUGAGAGCGCAGAGCGCUACCACUGAUACUAAAAUUCUGGGCCGCCGACACAGCUCAGCAUCAAUGUAUGUUGAUGUACCUUGCAUCACUGCAUGAGCCACAACACAACAUAAUUAACAAUGUACAUUUUUUUUGUCAUUACCUGAGUUUACUCCGAUGACUUGCACUGAAGUGAAUCAGCCAGGGAUGCGUAGUCAGUGUCGUAUUUUCCAUGCACAGUUCUAAAAUGCCGCUCCACAUUUCCGUUCUUUGGUAAUGCGAUGGCAGACUGGCAGAUGAGGCAUACACAUUUCGAAAAUGUCAUCGUGAAAAAAACAUACUCCUCGUCCCAUUCCGUAUGAAAGUGGUAAGUUGUUGUCUUCUUACUUGCUCCAGCUCCUCCACUCAUUUUUAUACCCUUUGUUCAGUUUAAGAGAAAACACCGAGAGAUAAAAAUUGGAGGUAACUCACUGACUAGCUUGUUAGUUUUGACGCACUUGGCGUUUUGACACACUUGGCGCCGUUGCAUCUGCAGUUACCUUUUAGCGGCGUUGUUUGCGCAUGUGCGUGACCUAAGUGUCAGGAAAAUUCAGAUAUCAUCGAUUAUAUAUGUAUAUCAUUCAAGCAACGGGAUGGAUGAUAGGCCGAUGUCUUUUUUUUUUUUUUUA